AUGCUAAUGGGUGCGCGCUUGGCAAGGCUUAUGCGCGCACCAAUUCCUAAAAUAUUCUUCGCCCUUGUUAUCAUGCUAUCCUGUAUAGUCAUGUCAUCCUUUUCUGCAUCAGACACGGAGAUCCUCAUAAAGUUCAAAGAGUCGUUAGCGCAUUCGAAAGCUCUUCACAAUUGGGACCCUAACGUAGUCCCGUGUGAAGGAAGAAAUAGGGGAAAUUGGGUUGGUGUGAUUUGUUUUAAUGGGAAUGUUCGGGGUUUGCAGCUUGAAAACAUGGGGCUGAUGGGUACGAUAGAUGUGGAUUGUCUUAUUAUGCUGCGUUGCUUGAGGACGUUAAGCUUCAUGAACAAUACUUUUGCCGGUCCAAUGCCUGAUGUUAAGAAACUGAGUGCAUUAAGGUCGCUUUAUUUUUCGUAUAACCAUUUCUCUGGGGAGAUUCCGGAUGAUGCCUUUGAGGGUAUGGGUUCGUUGAAGAAAGUCUUUUUGUCAAAUAAUGAGUUUACGGGUAAAAUUCCUUCGUCCCUUGCCUCCUUGCAUAGGCUUAUGUUGUUGGGACUUGAUGGAAACAAAUUUGAAGGCCAAAUACCCGAUUUUCAACAGAAGGGUUUAAAGAGGCUUAAUGUCUCUAACAAUGAUUUGAAGGGUCCAAUCCCUGCCAGCUUAAGCAAGAUGGAUUCCAACUCCUUUUUAGGCAACGAAUAUCUAUGUGGCCCACCUCUGGAAUAUUCAUGCAAGUCCCCCAGGAGGAGGAUACCAGUAUUAAGAAUCGCAAUCAUUGUGAUGGGUGUAGCUCUCGUUAUAGCAGUCAUUGCUAUAGUUUUCUUCAUAUUCUACUUCUACUUGAAAGGUCAAUCAUCAUCACUAGAGCGAACCUCAACGUUAAACGAGCAAAAUGGGUUUGUCGCUUCCCAUCCAGGCCAAGUAGAACAUAUAUCGGCAGAGAACAGGGGGCAUACGAGGAAGGCCGAACAUGGGAAGUUGUCAUUUGUUAGGGAUGACAGAGAGAAGUUUGUUUUGCAAGAGUUGCUUAGAGGGUCAGCGGAAAUUUUAGGAAGUGCGACAUUUGGGUCUUCAUACAAGACAAGGGUGAAUGGGCAAUCCAUUGUUGUGAAGAGGUACAAGCACAUGAACAAUGUGGGAAGGGAAGAGUUUCAUGAGCACAUGAGAAGGCUGGGAAGGUUGAGUCAUCCCAACUUGCAUCCUCUUGUGGCAUAUUAUUACAGGAAAGAAGAGAAGCUGCUAAUUUCUGACUUUGUUGACAAUGGUAGCUUAGCUAGCGUUCUUCAUGGCAAUCAUAAUGAAGACCACCCGGCACUUGAUUGGCCAACCCGCUUGAGAAUCGUGAAAGGCGUUGGCAGGGGCUUGGCAUACCUUUAUGACGAAAUCCCCAGCCUAAUUGCACCUCAUGGACAUUUGAAAUCGUCGAAUGUGCUUCUAGACGACUCCUUCCAGCCCUUGUUGACCGAUUAUUCUCUAGCCCCCGUCAUCAGCCUAGACCUUGCCCAACAGAGCAUGAUGGCAUACAAGUCGCCCGAGUACGCACAACAUGGCCGCGUAACAAAGAAGACAGACGUAUGGAGUUUUGGAAUACUAAUAAUGGAGAUUUUAACGGGCAAGUUCCCGGAGAACUAUCUCACGCAAGUUCAUGAUAGUAAUACGGACUUGGCGGGUUGGGUGAACACAAUGAUUAAGGAAAAGCGGACGAGUGGAGUGUUUGAUUUAGACAUGGGGAGAGCGAAGAACAUCAAAAGUGAACAGCUAAAGCUUCUGAAGAUUGCAUUAAGUUGUUGUGAUGAGGAUGUGGAGAGAAGGUUGGAUAUGAGGGAAGUUGUUGAGAAGAUUGAAGAGUUGAAAGAGGGAUCAGAGAGCGAAUUUGGAGAAUAUACGUCAAGUGUUACGAAUGAUCAGGAUGUGUAUACUUUCAGGGGUGUGUAA